CAAACAGGCGCCUUUCCUCCCAAAACACGCGAAAACCCCCUGUCGGCUGCCCCCACUCCCGCCUCCACCCAUGGCGUCCCUCCCGAACGGCACCGCCGCCGCCGCCGGCUCCUCCGGCGGGCGCCCGGUGGACAAGGAAGUGGACUUCGCCAACUACUUCUGCACCUACGGUUACCUCUACCACCAGAAGGAGAUGCUCUGCGACCGCGUCCGCAUGGACGCCUACCACUCCUCCGUUUUCCGCAACGCUCCCCACUUCGAGGGAAAGGUAGUCCUUGACGUGGGUACCGGGAGCGGCAUCCUCGCCAUCUGGAGCGCGCAGGCCGGGGCCAGGAAGGUAUACGCUGUCGAGGCGACUAAUAUGGCGGAGCACGCGCGGGAGCUCGCGCGUGCCAACGGCGUAGCGGACAUCGUCGAGGUGAUACAGGGCACCGUGGAAGACGUUGAGCUGCCGGAGAAAGUUGAUGUCAUUAUAUCAGAGUGGAUGGGCUACUUUCUUUUGAGAGAAUCCAUGUUUGACUCCGUCAUUUGUGCCCGUGACCGCUGGUUGAAGCCAGAUGGUGUAAUGUAUCCUAGUCAUGCUAGGAUGUGGCUAGCACCCAUAAGAACUGGUUUGGGUGACAAAAAGAUGGAAGACUUGGAUAUUGCUAUGGAUGACUGGAAUCUAUUUGUUCAGGACACUCAAGCUUAUUAUGGGGUCAAUAUGAAUGCUUUGACAAAGGCAUAUCGUGCAGAACACGAAAAAUACUAUCUCAAGUCUGCGAUAUGGAACAAUCUUCAUCCAAACCAAGUCAUUGGCCAACCUGCAGUUAUUAAGGAAAUUGAUUGCUUAACAGCCACUGUUGAUGAGAUCCGAGAAGUUAGAGCGCAAGUUAUGUUGCCAAUCAGCCUGGAAGGAGCUAGAUUAUCAGCACUGGCUGGAUGGUUUGAUGUUCAUUUUAGAGGUAGUGCGCAAAACCCUGCAGUGGAGGAAGUUGAGUUAAAUACAGCUCCAGAUGAGCAGGGGGGGACUCAUUGGGGCCAGCAGGUAUUCUUGCUGACUCCACCUGUGAAAGUAUCUAAAGGAGACAGUGUUAAUGUUUCCUUCUCGAUGGUUCGCUCAAAGGAAAAUCAUCGACUUAUGGAUAUGGAGUUCACCUAUGAAUUGCAUGAAUUCUCUGGUAGGAAGCAUCCAGCAAUCACAACCAAGAUGUAUUUGGAGUAGAGCAAGAAUGCUGACUAGACCUGAUUCAUUCGAUGAAAGAUGGGGCACCAGUUACCAAUUGUCCAGGUGUCGCUGAACCUUUGAAUCGUUGCUCGGAAGCUGAGCAAUUGUAGUCCCUAGUAUGAUGUGUGGUAUUCAUAGAUGGGCUUAAGGCCUUGAUUUGUACAAUGAUACUAUGAGGCAUGAUGUAGUGCCAGAGAUUUUGUUGUAUUGGUAAUAUCUUAUUAUUUGAUUAUUCUGAGUAGUGGAGCCAUUGUUUCUCAAUGUUGAUAUGUU